GUCAAAUUGUAUAUCCUAAUGACCCAAUGUAUACACAAGAUAUUACGGAUGAAAACACUCGUGUAACUUUUCAUCCUGAAGCGAUUGUAUACGCAAUUGACAUAGACGACGUGAAAAAUACAGUUAAUUGUGCAAAUUCUCUAAACCUAACUAUCACUGCCAGAUCAGGAGGUCAUUCCUAUGAAAAAUAUGGUACUUUUGGUAAUGUGGUUGUGGAUGUCACAAAAUUAAAUCAAAUUAAAAUCAAUGAUGAGGCAAAGACUGCAGUCAUAGGCGCAGGAAAUAGGUUAGGACCUAUUUAUUACAAUUUAAGCCAAGCUGGAUUUUUUAUUCCGGCCGGAUCUUGUCCAAGUGUUGGUAUAACUGGGCACGCUUUAGGUGGUGGAAUAGGGUUAUUUGCAAGGAAAUAUGGAACCGCUUCAGAUAAUAUUGAAUCUAUUGAUAUAGUUAAUGCUAAUGGAUUACUAAUUACGGCAAACGCAAAUCAAAAUGAAGAUUUAUUCUUUGCCCUUCGUGGUGCUGGUGGUAAUAAUUAUGGAAUCGUAACAUCAUUUACUUUUAACCUUCAUCCUACUCCUCCUAAAGUCACAUCCAUUAAAUUCGAAUACGACAUCUCUAAAAUUCAAACAGUUUUCGAUACAAUUAAUGAACUUGGUCUCACAUUACCAGAUGAUAUAACAUUUGAUGUGUUGUUGGAUUCAUCAACUUUAGAAAUUCAAGGAGUUUAUCAAGGAACGGAAGAUAAUGCACGAAAUGCUAUGAAAAAUUUUAUUUCAUUAUCAAAACCAACUUCAAAAGAAUUUAAUCAAGAAUCAUUUUUCGAAAGUGUUGUAAGAUGGGGUUUUGAAUCGGUUGAUAAAACGAUAAAUCCAAUUCAUAGCCCCAAUAAAUUUAAAGCUAAAUCAUUCCUUGUAAAACCACCUGGUCUUUCAUCUAAAGGUAUUCAAUCAAUUAAAAAAUUUAUUUCACAAUUAUCUGAAGAUUGUCCAGCCUAUGCGUUAUUUGAUCUAUUUGGUGGUGCAAUGAAUAGAUUUGCCGCAGAUGAAACCGCAUUUGUACAUAGAGAUAUAUUAUACGGAAUUCAAUUAGUUAUGACAUUGAAAGGUGAUUCAACUACAAACAAGAAAUGUGUUGAUCAAAUUAAUAAUUUUGGUGUUAAUUUUCAAAAAUCAUUUACUAGUAAUAGUAGUUAUCAAAAUUAUAUUGAUAGGGAUUUAGAUGAUUGGCAACAUAGAUAUUAUGGUUCAAAUUUUCCAAAGUUAGUCUCUGUGAAAAAAAAGUUUGAUCCAGAUAAUUUAUUUAAUUUUCCUCAAAGUAUUUAA